AUGACUUGUAGCAAAUUAUAUGAUAAAUUAUGGCAUAAUUAUUUGACUAAAUAUGGUGAUUUUCGUGAACGUUUAAAAACAAUACGAAAUGAUCAUGAAUGUUAUAAACAAUUUCAAUUACCACGUAUUAAACAAAAAUCUUUAAAUAUUUCUGUUGAAUCUUCGGCAUUAGAAAAAAAACCUUUAGUCGAUGUAAAUAAUCGAAAACUAGAUAAAAAAUGUGAUCCAUUAUUACCAUCAGAAUGUUGUCAUUCAUCAAUAAUGAGGAAAAAUCAUGCACUUACAUUGGAUCAAACUGAACUUGAUGAAUUAGAGAAAUUAAUACAAGCUGAGAACUUUCCGGACAAUAUUUUUCAAGUCAAUACUACAUCUCGACCUUCAAUAGACACUGAAGCAAACUUUGCUGUAACCAAUAAUGUUCUUGAUGACAGUCGCCAAUUAUCUUCAAAAAAAUUACUAUCACCAGUUAAAUCAAUGUUUACUAAAAAUAAUGUCAAUCAUUCAAUAUCACAAUUUAGUAAAAAAUCGUCGACAUCUCUACUUUCGAAUAGUCAUCGAUCGAUACAAAAAUCCGAACUUGGUACAACAUCACAACUUGCAUCAAGUUCACAUAAUCUUAUCUCAACUGGUAAUACUAAUCCAUAUGCAGAACUUGUUGAACGUCUUCGUCGAGCUGAAAAACCCAAAGUUAAAAAUUCCGGUACAAAAUUCAGUCAAAAAUCAUUCGAUUCAGAAAUCAAUUCAAAUACACAUUGUUGUAUUCAAAAAUUACUUUCUUUUCUUCAUUCUCUCGAUAAUGAUACAAUGGAUAAUCAACAAAAUUCGAAUAUAUUCGAUGAAAAUACAUUAAUAGAUUUAUUCUCUGUCGAUAAUCAUCUAUCAUCAUCAAUAUAUGUACCAACAAAUAUUCAUCAACUUAAUAUUAUACCAAAAAGUCUUCGUCAAUCAUUAAAAAAUACUUCAGAUAAUGAACAAAUACUUAACAAAAUUCAAGCGGAAGUAUCACAAAAUAAUUUAACAACAGAAUUAAACUCAAAAAUGUUUAAAAAUUCUAAAACAUUUUUGAAUACUAAUAAACAACAAUUGUACUCAAUUGAUGAUUCUCAAAUAUCGAAUCUUCUCGAAAAAAAUAAUCAAUUAAAUUCAAAAUUAUUUGAUGCUUAUGCAGUUAAAGCAUUUAAAGAAUUCUUAAUUCAGAAUAAAAAAUCUACACGAUUACCCAAAUUAUUUCAUGAUAUUGAUCAAUGGCAUCAAAACUGA